UAUAGCGUGGCGCAAGUAACUUCUGCCUCAAUGUGAAACUGGUGGUGCACCGAAAGACACAAUCAUGCCUAAGCUGGAGACUGUUCCCUAUUGGAGACUCUCUGUGACUGUCCUGCGAGCUAAACUUCAUCACUCACUUGACUACUUUUCAGAGUCGGAUUGUUAUGUGAUUCUGAAGCUGCCAACAUCUUCUGCCCGCCCCCAUCGCACCAAGACAGUGCCCAACGGCAACAACCCCGAGUGGAACGAGACUUUCCACUUCCGCAUCCAUAGCCACGUCAAGAAUGUUCUAGAAAUGCAAGUUUACGAUGAAGAUCCAUUCAUGCCAGAUGAUCUCUGCUCUGUCAUCUUGUUUGAUAUCAGUAACCUCAGCUUGGGCCAAAAGCAGACGAAAAUGUUUAUGAUACAUGAGACGACCAAAGAUGAACUGUGGGUUGAAUUUGAGAUGGUGGAAAGUGUUGAAGAUCCUGGGAAAUACAUGUCCAACGGAGUCCUGGUGGCGGCACCACUCUCCAUCCUGGAUGUCACUGCUAAACCUCUAGCAACUGCGAUCCAGAACCUAAUACUGAAGUUGAAGGGAGCUUAUAUGGAGGAGCAUGUUUUUUCUCCUGGCCUAGUGGACUCUUUACGCUACUACAUCAACAGAGACCUGGAGACAGAACUCUCUGUGCAGGGUGACGAUACAGUUCAUCCAAUCUGUCUCUCACCGGAUUCUUUGAGGCCAGUCAGUUGUAAGCAGGAGCUUAAAUUGCCUGUCGGACAGGAUUUUGUUGAUUUGGAACUGAAUAGUGGAGAAAGCUCUGAGCAGGAGCUGGCGGUGCGUCUGGACUUUGACAUCCCAUCAGCGGAGAAGCACUUCCUGGAGAAGAGGAAGGUGGUGGUGGAUCGGGCUCUACAGAAGCUGCUGGAGCUCAGCUCUCCUCCAGACACAGAUAAGGUCCCCCUGGUGGGUGUGGUCUGCUCAGGGGGAGGGACCAGGGCGAUGGCUGCCACCUUUGGGAGUCUGAAGGGUCUCCAGACUCUGGGGAUCUUGGAUGCUGUCAGCUACAUCACCGGAGUCUCUGGGUCCACAUGGGCCAUGUCUAUCCUGUACCAGAAUGCUGAUUGGUCGCAGGGCGACCUUAGCAUGAUCAUUGAGCCAGUAAAAACUGAGAUGAUUAAGAGAUACCAGGACAUCCUGUCCACUGAUCAGCUGUCGUACUACUUUGAGGAGAUGAACCUUAAAGAGAAGGAGGGGCAUACAGCGACCUACAUUGACAUGUGGGGUCUGGCGAUCGAGCACCUCAUCUAUGGGAAGAAAUGGGAGACUACCCUCUCUGACCAGAAGAGGGCCGUAUCAGAGGGGCAGAAUCCUCUGCCCAUCUACACAGCCGUGAACACGAAGACCAAAGGCAGUGUCACAGAAGCAGAGUGGUGUGAGUUUAACCCAUAUGAGGUCGGCCUUCCCAAGUAUGGUGCAUUUGUGCCCACUGAGGACUUUGGCAGUGAGUACUUCCUAGGUCAUCGGGUCAAGAGACUACCAGAGAUUCGACUGCCUUUCCUGAUAGGAAUCUGGAGCAGUGUUUUCUCUAUUAGCCUGACUGAUGUGUGGCGCCAUGCCACUGGCUAUGUUCCAUCCUGGCUAGGUGGGGAUGUCACUAACACAGAGACAGACAGCAGUUCAUCCUCUCUGGGCAUCUUCCUGAUCAAACCAGCCUCCUACAUCACACAGAGCAUCACCGGCUUCUUCACCAGCCGACCAAUCGUCAGCCAGAUUUACAACUUCAUGCGAGGCCUCUAUCUCCACUGGGACUACAACAGCAAGGCUAGUUUCACCACUGGGCAAGACACACACCCUGACAAGUACCCAAACCAGUUGACCCCAACUGACCACACCCUGAAUCUGGUGGAUUCUGCGUUUUCCUGUAACACCGGGAUCCCCCCUGUGCUCCGAUACCACAGACGCAUGGACCUUAUCCUGUCCCUCAACUACUCCUGGGAAGUGGAUCAAUUUGAGGUGCUGAAGAAAACACAGCAACACUGCACUGAUCACAGGAUCCCGUUCCCUCCCAUCGAUUUCAGCCGUGUGGAGAAAGAGCCCAUGAAGGAGGUGUACGUGUUUGAAGACAAGAAUAAUCCCAAAGCUCCCAUUGUGGUUCACUUCCCCAUGGUCAACCUCACCUUCAGAGAGUUCAAAGCCCCAGGUGUCCAGCGAGAAGGGGCAGACGAACUGAAACAAGGAGACGUGGACGUCAGCACUGACAAUUCACCGUACCAAACUACGAAACUGGCCUACCAGCCUGAGGACUUCCAGAAGCUGAUGGAUCUCACAUCCUACAACGUCCUGAACAACCGCGACAUCCUCCUGUCAGCUCUACGCAGGGCGCUACAGAGAGAAAGAGUCUGUGAAGACGAGGAUGAACACAAAGACCACUCGUGCUCCUGAACAGCUCCCUCUGUGUCUGGAAUCACAAAGGCGGGGGAGUUUUAGAACAACUGGUUACAGUGCCCAUUGGGGGUGGAACGGUACAUGUAUACGAUUUAAACCGAAACGCUUCAGUGCAUGAAUUGUACGCAGAAUACACGGUAUAAAAGUAAAUAAAACUUGAGAAUGUGGAACUACUGAUAGAUACGCGUGUACUUUAGGGACACUUACUCUGUAAUCCCGCUUUUGCUCUGUGAAGCUCUCAUUAGAGAAAGCAAAAUAGUGUGACAUCUUCAGUAGAUUAUUACUGAGGCAAACUGUGGACGCGUCCAUAUACAACCAAACACAGAUGUUGAUGGUCUCACCUAAAUGGAUUUUUUAAAAAAUCAUUAUUUGAUGUAAUUUGCACUUUCAUAUAAGAUGCUGUUGGGCUAUUUUUAGUUUUAGCUGAUUGUCUUAUUAUGUUUACAAGUUACAGAUCGAGUCUGUAGAUGAUGUGGGGUACUUGUUUAUAUCCCAUUUUGCACACUUCAGGCUGUUGCAUGAGACAUUCACAAUAAUUUGUUGUGCUUUUCCCUCCAUUGUAUCGAACUCGUACCCAACCGUGAUGUCUGAGGUAUGAACUGAACUGUGAAUUCUGUGUACCGUUCCACCCCUAGCACACAUUCGGAUCUAUUUACCCACAUAUCCACCGACUUCUUAAUGUGCGUCCUUUGAGAUUUAAGUUUUUGAUAUAGUCAAUGCACUAAUUGGGUAGUAAAUUGAAAUAGUAGUAAUUAUAUUUGGUUGAAUUAUAAGAGCAUGUAAGAGAAUAACUAGCCAUGCUGCAAAUUAUUUCUGUUGUAGUCGGCAUAUUGUGUAACUGUAAUAGGCUACAUGUUUAACAGAUUGUUAAGCGAAGUAGACUAAUGUUAGGAAUAUUCUUAAUAUUUCGUGUUGAAACCAUAUUCACAAAUACAGUCAACAAUUGAGAAAUGAAACCCAGUAAACUCUUGAA